GGUACAGCCCCCGUGGCGAUCGGGCACCCGCCCCCGCUUCCCGGGCGCUGGCGGUGCAGAACGCAAAAACCUAUUUGCUGAGGAGCAGCUCAGCAUCCGGCCUGAGCGUCUACGAUCACCUCUCUGAUGUGCUGACCAAACUCCUGGAGGAACAGCCCGCGAACGCCGCUGACAUCAUUGAGAGUGUGAGCCAGGAUGUGAAGGGGACUCAGGCUCGGAAAAAAAGGGACACUCUUCGGGAAGAAUAUGAGAUUCUGCCAACGUUUGAAGCUGCAGAAAGGCAUAAAGCUUUGUUCCUCAAGGCAAAUGGGGAAGGAGAUGAGGAGCUGGAAGAAGAGAUGGGAGAGACCUGUCUACCUAACAUGAUGGAGACAGCCUUUUACUUUGAACAGGCUGGAAUUGGCUUGGGCAAGGAUGAAUCCUAUCACAUAUUCCUUGCCCUUCAAAAACUAAUCAGUGCUCAGCCAGUCGCGACCUGUCGCUUCUGGGGCAAAAUGUUGGGCCUGGAGAUGAACUAUAUUAUAGCUGAAGUACAGUACCAGGAGGGGGAAGAGGAGGAGGAAACAGAAGAGGAAGAUGUUACUGAGGAAGGAGGGAAAGGGAAGGGUGAGUUCGGAGAUGAAGAUGAGGAGAAAGAAAAAGAAGAUGAACCACCCAAGUCCAGCUAUCAGCCCCCCCCCAUUAUCCCAAAGGAAGAGAAUGGGACUGGGGCUAAUAAGUUCGUCUACUUUGUCUGUAACGAACCAGGCAAGCCCUGGGUGAAGCUGCCGCCGGUGACACCAGCCCAGAUUGUCUGUGCCAGGAAAAUCAGGAAGUUCUUCACGGGUAGGCUGGAUGCUCCCGUCGUGAGCUUCCCUCCUUUCCCUGGAAACGAGGCCAAUUACCUGCGUGCACAGAUAGCCCGGAUUUCUGCAGGGACCCAGAUUUCUCCCAUUGGGUUUUACCAGUUUGCAGAGGAAGAAGGAGACAGAGAGGAGGAAGGAAGGAGAGACACAUAUGAGGAAAACCCCGAUUUCCAGCCUCUCCCUAUGGCAGAAAUGGUGGAUUCUCUCUCCACGUGGGUGCACCACACAGAGAGCAUUCUACAGCAGGGUCGCUGUGUUUGGCUUAAUCCUUUUCAAAAAUCAGAGGAAGAAGAGGAAGAGGAAGAAGAAGAGGAGAAAGCUGAGGAGCCAGAUGAACAACAGCAAGAAAUAGGACCCCCUCUUCUCACUCCACUCUCUGAAGAUGAAGGAAUUCAAAACAUCCCUGCUUGGACAGCUCAGCCUUCCACACAUCUGAUCCCGCAAUAUGCUGUGGCAAUCCUCCAGUCUAACCGGUGGCCGGGAGCAUAUGCUUUUGCAUCUGGCAAGAAAUUUGGCAACAUUUACUUCGGCUGGGGUCACAAAUACAGCCCAGAGAGCCACGCUCCCGUGCUGCCUCCGCCCGCGCAAGCGGAAUACCCCAGCGGGCCGGACACCGCCGAGACGAGAGACCCGGCUGGGGCAGAGGAGCUGGCCCUGCGGGCUGCCAGGCCUGGGGAAGCCUUCGUUUUGGGGGAGGAGGAGGACGAGGACGAGGAGGACGAGGAUUAA